AUGAGCAAAAAGCGCCCGUCCGCGCACGUCUUCACCUCCGAGGACGCCGAGCUCGACGCCGACGACGCCUCUGCGCUGAAAUUCAGGACGUAUUACUGUAAAUUCUGCGGUGAACACGUCUUGACCACCACGGCAAACUUGGAGCUCGCACCGAGAAGACGCACGGACGACGCGCUGAUCAUCGAUCGAACGCGAUACGCGACCAAGACGGCGAAGACGAUCGACCGAGAAGUGAUCGCGAUCAAGCGUAAAGACGGGACGAUGGAGAGACGGAGACGUUUGAGGUGCGGGGAUGUCCCGGUGGGGUACGUCGAGGCGACGACCGGGACGCGGAAGACGAAUGACGACGAUGACGCGAAGGUUUUGGACGAUGGAGGGACGCUGUACGUGCACCCAGGGGCGUUAUCAGCGUUUGAUUACGCCGAUUACGAGCGCGAGGUCGGAGACGGGAGAGAUGGAGAGGACGCGGGACCGCCGCCGCCGUGCGUGGGAACCGCGGGCGCGGGCGCGACGCAGAUAGAUUUAGAGAUUAAACCGCGAAGUCAAUCGCGCGCGGUGAGCAAGAUCACCGCCAGCGCGGUCGUCGUAGACGUCACGAACGCCGCGCACGCUUGCGACUCGGAGUUGAUGGAGUUCUUGGCGAAGGUUUUGGAUUUGCGCCUGGCGCAAAUGUCUUUGUUAAAGUCGCACGCGCCGCAUCGACGAACGUUACUGGCCAAAGGCGUGACGCCCAGAAAAGCCUACGCCGCUCUGAGGCGAGAGUUCGCGGACGCUAGAGCGCGGGCGAAUAAGUUACAAAAAUUAGCCCAUAGAGAGUGA